GCAAUUCUGAAUUAUAUCGUUGAAGCUAUUUAAGGAUGUGUAUGCUUUCUUAAUACAUAUUCAUUUGUUAAUGCAGAUUGCUUUCUGUGCUACCGUUGCAAAAACAAGGAAACUCAUUGCGUCUUCCCAUGGAUGGUACUAUCGGUGCUGUCAUGAAUGCACGAAAACGGCUCGCGGUGACAAACCUCCGUACAAAUGUGAUAAUGGACAUUUUACUGAGGCGGAGAUCUAUAAGUAUAAGAUUGAAGUGGAAGGUUUCUAUUUGAAUACUUCUUGCAAGUUCAUUUUUUGGGAUAGAGAAUGUACCGAAAUCUUGGACGUUUCUGCUGCUCAUAUGCGGGAUAGAAUGAUAAAGGCUGGUAUCACAGAUCCAUUAGAAUUCCCAUUAGAUCUUGAUGCUAUGUUGCACUUGAAUCUUGCUUUGAGGGUUAAAUGGCAGCCCAGUUGGGACAGCGCCUCAGUUAUAAUGUUUGUCAAAGACGAUGGGUAUGUAGAUCAAUUGAAGGCGCAAUGGGGGGAUACACAGGUUGUGAAUUCUGAACCCUCUAUAACACUGCCCCCACCGCAGAUUAAAGAGAGCGUCGAUGAGGCCAAAACUUAUGCUGCAGAUGAUUGUGACAUUCCAACGGACUUAGAGAUAACAUCCAAACACAACCCAGAGCCUCUAACUCCCACUGCAAAAAGACAUAUUCAUGGUGGUUCCAGCGAGUCGACGUCUGUUUGUGACGGUGAACUGUCUUCGACCAAAUUGAAGAAGAUCAUCAAGGUGGAGAAAAAGAAUUAG